UUCCAUGCUGUAGCACGUUUCAUGGCCUUGGUAUGCGUCAACGGGAGUGAUGUAGAAGGAGAAGACCAACCGCAACAAGAAAGCGCACGUUUUCCUCUAACAAAAAAAAAUGUCUCUAACAUUAGUUUGUCUAGUUAAAUGCAUCGUACAAUUUCAACUGACCCCUCACAUACAUACUCCUUCCCUCAAGUUUUCUCCCUCCGCCCCACAACCAUCGGCUUCUUGGCCAAUCCCCCCUAGUGGGUUCGCGUCAUGAUGUAGGAUGCAAGCAAGCAAGCGAGUUCGGCCGACGCAAUGACCCUGCUGGAAUUCACCGGCUGCUCGCUACUGGGCUUCGGACCGACACUGUCCAUGUUUGUGCUCACCGUGGCUGGACAGCCGAGCCGGGUGAUUGUGUUCGUGACGGGCUCCUUUUUCUGGCUGCUCUCGCUGCUGCUCGCCUCGCUCACCUGGCUCGCCCUUCUGCCCCUGCGCCAUUACACCACGCCAGGAGUCGCCAUCGCCGUCCUCUCACAGGAGGGCUUCCGGCUGCUCUUCUUCCGCGUGCUGCGCAAGGCCGAGCGCGUGCUGAACGCGGUCGCACUGACGGGCGCCGACGAGGUAGCGCGCAUGCGCUCCCGCCUGUCGUUCGCCUACGCGGCCGGCCUCGCCUUCGGAGCCAUGAGCGCGCUCUUCUCGCUGCUCGGGCAGCUUGCCGAUGCCCUGGGUCCCGGCACGGCUGGACUGCACGGAAGUACGCCGCGACGGUUGGACGCGGCGGCAAUCACCGCAGCUACCUUCAGUGUUCUGCACGUCUUCUGGGCCCUGGUCUCCUUCCACGCGCUCGACACGCGCCGAUGGUCGGUGCUCGCCUUCGCCCCGGCCGCCCACUUGGCCGCGUCGGCAGCCACGUUGCUCACGCCCGCCGGCGACUACGCCGUCUCCCUGGGUGCCCUCUGUGCAGUCCUGGUGGUGUCCGCGGCGAUGGCGUUCAACGCGGCGGGAGGCUGCGCGGGAAACCUUGCGGCGGUGUUCACGCGCGGCUCCAACGAAUGAGAUACGGCUGAGACGUGCACGAUAGUGCCUUUCUUUGUAGCUGAGCGCCUUGACCCUUAACUUCCGAGUGUUGUUUUUGUGACGUUCCGUUGGGGGCGAUCUGCCUUCAUUGUUUAGCCGGUUAAUAAAAACAGCAAAGAUCG